CACACUACAGCACGACAUGUCAUCCGAGCCCGCCAGAGAUUCUGCUGCCGCCUCCGCUGACACCAGCAAGUGCCCUGUGCCGCACGGUGCGCAGGGCAUGCUCGACGAGACGAGCAAGGCUGUGCUGACCAAGCUUGCGCAGUCUCGGUCUGAGAACAUCACGUCGCUCGGAGCCGAGACCAUUCACCCGUUCCUGGCGGCGCCGUCGCAGCGCGACUACACCGAGGCGUGCACGUACUGGGACUACAUUCACCCAGAGACAUUGACGUCGCUGCAGAGCGGGCGCGAGGGCAAGGGCCUCAAUCACCAUGACGAGCACCUGUUCAUCAUUGUCCACCAGGUCUUUGAGCUCUGGUUCAAGCAGGUCCUCCAUGAUCUCGACUACACCAUCGAGACGCUGCUCUCGCCCGACGCCCGGCGCGACGAGUGGCAUUUGGCGACGUCGCGGCUCCGGCGAGCGCACGAGAUCCUGCGGAUCUCGAUGCCGACCUUUGAGGCGCUUGCCAAGCACCACGAUCCGCAGGACUUCCUCGAGUACCGCUGGGCGCUCUCGCCGGCCUCGGGCUUCCAGUCUGCGCAGUUCCGCAUUCUCGAGCUCCGCUUUGGCAUCACCGAGAAGCAGCGCAAGUGCGAGUUUGUCGGCGACUACCGCGACGCGUUCAUCACUAAGCUGGCCGACAAGACGCAGGUCUUUGAUGAGGCCGAGACCCAGCCAACGCUUAAGGAGGCGGUCAUGAGCUGGCUCGACCGUAUCGAGCUUGACCAUCUCGACACCUUUUUCACCGCCUUUCUCGACGCAAAGUCUGCCGAGCACAACCACCAGAUCUCCGAGCUGCGUGCGGCGCUCGACGAGCUCGACGCCGUGGCGCCGUCGAUCGACGUCGACGCCAAGCUCCUCAAGCAGAUGCUCCACAAGGAGAAGCGAAACCUCGCUGCGCGCAUUGAGGCCUCGACCGAGCAAUGGCACGCUCUCGAGCGGUUCUACGCCGACCCGCGCCUUGGCCGCGCCCGCAAGGCUGCCACCUUCCUCCUCACCUUCCGCCACUACUCGAACUUUAUCGACCUUGCCGACACCGUCCAGCACGCUCUCGACUUUGAGGCUGCCUUUGUGCUGUGGCGGACCCACCACGCUCGCAUGGUCGAGCGCAUGAUCGGCCGCCGCCAUGGCACCGGCGGCUCGUCCGGCAUGGACUACCUCGACGACACCACUCGCUACCGUGUCUUUAAGGACCUUGCCUUUGUCCGUUCUAUCGCCCUCCCGGCCUCGAUGUUCCCGUCUGUGGUGAGUCUGUUUGAUUGAUGGCAUGAUGGAUGAAGCACAGCAGUACUACCCCCCUACACCGGCCCC